AUGAGAUACGGCUUGGCGGUGAUGAACAAACAUGUGGUCCCUGAAGAAGAAUUUCCGUACAUCAGUACCUGCGGAACGUAUCCUCCACAGAGCUGCAUCUUCGGACAGCUACUCAACUUCGGCGCGCUGAUGGUGGGUUCCAUCACCGUGACGCGCUACAGGUUUCUGGAGGAGCAAGGAGACCGGUCCUGGGUCAACAAAAUUAGCCUCGCCGCUGGGCUCAUUAGUGCCUUGGGUGCCUCGCUGGUCGGGAACUUUCAGAUGCUGAACGAGAUCAACACUCACCUGGUGGGCGCCGUGCUGGCAUUCGGUGUGGGCACGCUCUACUUCUGGAUACAGACGGCACUCGCGCUCCGACUGCACUCCGCGAGGAUCGGCCGCGGAACGGCACGGCGCAGCCACGGCGUCCUCAUCAUCGUCACGGCGUUCGGCAGCACCGCAUCCACCGUCAGCGCCGUGCUCCUGCUCACCUUCAACUUCAUGGGUCACAAGAGCGAGGCGGCCAUAUUCGAGUGGAUCCUCGCCAUGGUCAUAUUCGCCCUCUUCGCCACUUUCUCCUUCGACUUCCACGAGAUUCGCUCCUCGGGGCUCUCCGUGAAGCUGCGCGAGCCGCCCGCCCGCGCGCGCAUGUCGCUGCGCGAGACGCCCAACGUGUCGGUCAUCACGCUGUCGCACGUCCCGCCCAAGCCCAACGCGUGA